AAAAGAGGGGUUUUAGGGCCUAGAGUGAAGAGGAGGGUUUAUUGAGUACGAGAGAAAAUGGGAUACAUCGAAGAAGCCAGAGAAAAUCAUGUCAAGAAGAAAGUUGAAGAAGCUUUGAGAAGCAAGAUGAAGGCAAAAGCACUUAAAGAAUGUGUCUACUACACUUCAAAGUAUGCUGAGUGUGCUGUAGGAAGAACAUUAUCUGUUGUGUGGCAGUGCCGCCAAGAAGCAAAAGAGCUUAAUGAAUGCCUUCAUCAAUACACAAGUGACUCUGUGUUGGAGGAAAUGAAGAAAGCAUACACACUACAACAGGAAUCCUAGUGAUCUCCUUCGAUCAUAGCCUUUUUGCCAAUAGAUACUCAAGCUUGUCAUAUUUGUGCCUUAUAGGAUAUUUCUCACAUUAAAUCUUACAUUCGAAUAUUUGUUUUUCUUCAACAAUGCACACGUAAUUUUAAAUUGAGAUUGAGAGUGUUCAACGACGUUGAGGUUAUGUUAUUUUAAUGAUUAGAUAUAUGUUAAAGAAUUUAACACCGUG